ACUCACGGCACCGACUUGAAUUGAGUUUGAGUAGUUUGAGAUGGUUUGAGUCUUGCAUUGAACUAAUGAACUGUCAUUGUCAUUUUGAUAACCUAACUUUACCAGUGAUUAAAAACAUACAGUGAGUUGCUGUAACUUAUUUGGAGUUUUCAUAAAAUUCUUAUUUUAUUAAGCUCUAGUUUUUAAUUUAUUUUGGAUUGAUACUAAAGCAGAACAAACACUACUUCUGAUAACAGCACAGAUCGUCAUAUGUGUUUAGUGAUCUCUUCUGAAAGCUUAAGUUUAUAGCCCAUUCGGUCGUAUCGUAAUCGUAUGUUUGAUGAUUAACAAAUUAUUUUAUAUGAAGCCUAAACUGCAGUGCUCUUAAACGUGACACAAAAGUGAAAUGGGUACCUUGGAAUGGCCUUGGCAAUAUAGUUUUCCACCAUUUUUUACAAUCCAGCCUAAUGAAGAAACAAGAAAAAAACAGUUGGAUGCCUGGAAAAGUUUAGUGCUGGAGUACCAUCGCUCAGAAAAACUGUAUGUUUUGGAUUUAAGGGAAGCCGAAACAUCUCCAUUGUUCAAUAAUGCAUCAAUUAGCCGAAAACUGUCCACGGAAGGAAUUCUUAUUGUUUUAGAAGCUCUUCAGAGAGGCGGGAGAGCUGAUCCUCUUAAUAAAGAAAGAACAAGAUGGCAUAUUUAUUGGCAUUCACUUGCUGAGUGGGGUUCUAUAAUCUACAGUUGGAUACAAGAAAGUGGUCAAUUGAAUUCAGUUUGUACUCUUUAUGAAAUCGCCCACACUCCCGACCAAGAAUUCACCAACAUCGAUUCUGAUGUCCUAAUCAAAAUCAUCAAGGUGUUAGAAAAACAAAAUAAAGCGGAACUCAUAAUGUUUGAUGGAAACAGUGGAGUUAAGUUCUUUUGACUGUGGAUUUUAUAAAAUAAAGACAAAAACAAUUGAUAUUGUAGGAUAGGGUUUUCAGCUGAAGAUUAGUUUUUUUGUAUUAUAUAUGAGCAAAACUGGAUUUACUAUUAAAGAAGUUUAUUUGUUGGUGCCUUAAACAAGGUGCUGUUAAGCAA